AUGGUGCUGCUGAGCCCAUCGAUCAAUGCGCUACGCAAACUGUUGUGCAUUUGUGAGUCGUAUGCCCGGGCUCAUGGGCUCAAAUAUAAUGCCAAGAAAAGUGAGCUAAUGGUUUUUCAAACUGGUACCAAAGUUUACUCGUCUGUACCUCCGGUUAUUCUGUGUGGCACACCGCUUAAGAGGGUGACGCAUUUCAAAUACUUGGGCCACUGGGUCACUGACGAUUUGUGUGAUAACAUGGAUAUUGACAGGGAGCGCAGGGCGCUGUCCGUCCGGUGUAAUAUGUUGGCUCGUAGGUUUGCACGUUGUACUCCGCCAGUAAAAGUGACCUUGUUCAAGGCUUACUGCCAAUCGUUUUACACGUGCAGCUUGUGGGCCAACUACACGCAGCGGGCGUAUAGCGCACUGCGUGUACAGUACAACAGUGCCUUCAGGGUGCUGUUGGGGUUACCAAGGUUUUGUAGUGCUUCAGCUAUGUUUGCUGAAGCACGAACUGAUGAUUUUUUCGCCAUAAUUAGAAAGCGGGGCGUUUCACUUCUUGAUCGCCUGCGUGGUAGCACUAAUAGCAUGCUGAGGGUAUUGUCCGAGCGAUGGGAUCUGCCCCUUUUAAAGGUAUGGAUGAAGUUGCAUGCUAGUGGAUUCUCACGUUAUAUUUAA